AUAAAAAUUAAAUUAAAUAAGAGGUAGAAGUAAUCAAGAUAAGUGGGAAUUAGUACUUACUUAUAUUUAAAAAAUAAUUAUUUUUCAAAAAGAAAUUAAUUUGUCAACUAUUUGUAAAUCGUAAACAUCAACUGUAGUUUUCGAAAUGUUUAUAAAUAAUACUGCUAAAAGCAAUGUUGUCUCACUUUUCAAAAAACUAUCAUGGAUUUUGUACGAAAGCGAAGUCAAAAAGGCACUUCUACCAUAUUGUUGUUAAAAAAAUCUUUUUCGAUGUCAACGUAUAAGUAAAAACAAUUAUUUGAAAGUGUUUAAGAAAACUCGUGCUUCGGAUAUUAGUACGGAUGAGGAUGAAGAAAGCAAAGAUUAAAAUUACAUAUAGUUAACAAAUUAACUUCUUUUUGAAAAAUAAUUAUUUUUUAAAUAUAAGUAAGUACUAAUUCCCACUUAUCUUGAUUACUUCUACCUCUUAUUUAAUUUAAUUUUUAUUUGGAAUAUAGAAACGAGAGAUAAUAUAUCUCUUUUGAGAAAUGCAAUUUCUUGCCAAAAUAUUCGUUUCUCAAAAGAGAUACUUUUUAAUUGAUUAAAACAGAUAUAUUCUAAAAUAUGGAUUUGUAUCUCUUUUGAGACGUAGCCGUUCUUCAACUUUUACAAUGUUGUUUAAUCAGCAGAGAAAUAAAGAAUAAUUUAAUAAUUAGUAGUCAAAUUUUAAGAAUAUAAAUUAUUAACUUGAAGUUUCUACAUGAUUUUGAUUAACUAAAAAGUGUGGUAAACAUUUAUUAGUUAAUAGCUUAUACUAUUUAUUAAAAAUUAUAGAAUUACAUUCUCUACACUACUUUUAAUAAUCAGUAUUCGAUGUAAAAUUUUCAUGAGUAUGUCAAACGCUAACACACAUGAUGUAUAAUCUUUUUUUUUGAUUUUUUUAACACUUUCGAAGAUCAUGUGCAAUAAGCAUAUAAUUGUUAUGAUUUUUUAUAAGGAUCAGUAAAAAAGAACAUAGAUUUCUAGGCCUGGUGUUUCUAGUUAAUUUAUCUACUUCUUUUUUUUUAUAGAAAAAUCCAUAUCUUCAAAAUCUCGUCAACACUAUUCAUCCGUUCCUACUACAUCUCCUUCAAUGACUGAAUUAUAUCAUGAAAAACGUACAUUAGGUCAAAAUCGUUUACCAAAAUUAUCGUUAAACUACGUCAUUAAUUCACCGUCUCCUAUAGAACAACGUCAUAGUAUUGCUGGACCUUAUUUAACAUCUGCUAAUAGUAGUAAUAGUACGGCGAAAGAUAACAAUAGCAACGAUCCAACACCAAUUCAUCAUCGUCUCUCUAUGGCACCAUCAAAUGAUCUUCCCAUUUCAUCAACAUCGAGACAAACUGUAUCAUUAAGAACAACAAAAAUGUUGGUUAUAUGUUCGACAACAUUUCUUGUUUUUAAUUCGCCUUAUUGUGCAAUAUUACUCUAUUCAUUUUUAUCAAAACAUGUACUAUCUACAGCAUUGGAUAUAUUUCGUCAUUUUUAUUUCAUGUCAUUUUGUAUGAAUUUUUUUCUCUAUUCUCUAUGUGGCAAUCGUUUUCGACAUGAAUUAAUUUUAUUAUUUAAACGUUUUCUUCAUAGAUGUUGUACAAAACAGGUCGCUCAUAAAUGUUUUACCAACCAUGGUGGAUCACUUUUAAAUCCACCAUCGUCCUAUUCCGUAACAAGACAAUGA